AUGAUGAAAUGGGGUGGAACUGGAAGAAAAUCUUCAUCUUCAUCUGGUGCUUUUUCUUGGCUUUCAAAGUUAAAACACAUGAGAAUCAUCAAUUCAGAUUCAAAUCAUGCAAAAUUGAAGCACAAGGAAAACCAGAAACCUACUGCAUCGGUUAAUGAUAUUCCGUUUCCGCCUUCAUGUUUCGAUAUCGGCGGAAGGAAUAGUAAGAAAACGGGAAGAAGAAGAUCACAAUCACAAGGUACAAUCAAGUUAGAGCAUAAGGAUGUGGUUGGCUUAGAAGACGAGAGAAAACUUCUGAAUGAUAAUGAUGAGUAUGAUAGAGAUAAAGAAUAUGAAAACAUAAGGAGACGAUUCGAGAGAAAAGCGCAACAGGUUUUGGAAGAACAGCUUUUGAAAUUGGAAAGAGAAGCAAAGGAAGUUGAAGAGCUUCAAUACGAAUCACCAAGAACAAUUUGUACACCAAGAACAACAACGCAUUCUUCUGCUUCUUCAAAUGCAGGUUUGAAUCUGAAGAAGAUUUCUUGUAAACCAAGCAAUCUUUCAGAAAAUGCAAAACAGGUUUCUGAGAAGAAGAAGUUGAACGAAAAUGAAGAGAUGAAGGAAAAGAUACAAGAAAAACAAAGGCGGAAACCGAAGAAAGUUUCGAGGGUGAAAAUAUAUUCACCAAGGAUGAUAUCAAAGAUUGAAAUGAGCAGAAUAAAAGCGUUAGAAGAAAUGAGGAACAAAGCAAAGCAAAAGAUGAAGAGAGAAAGAAAGGAAGAGAUUAUGGAGGAAAUUAGUAUUAGUAUUAAACCAGAAUUAGAUAGUUUUGCUGUGAUUAAGUGUUCGUUGAAUCCAAAGAAGGAUUUUAGAGAUUCAAUGAUUGAGAUGAUUGAAGAGAAAAGGAUUAGUAAGGCAGAAGAAAUGGAAGAAUUGUUGGCAUGUUAUUUGACUUUGAAUGCUGAUGAGUAUCAUGAUAUGAUAAUCAAAGUGUUUAGGCAGGUAUGGUUUGAUAUGAGUCAAUAUGGUUUUGGUAUUAAUUAG